AUGAAGCACAUGAUUUUGAGUAAUUGUAGAGGGAAACGCCCUGAAAUUGUAAAAAAUACUCCAAAAUGUUUUAUAAAGUUAAUGAAAAAAUGUUGGGAUUCAAGUCCUUCCAAUAGACUAACCAUAAUAAUGCUUGAAAAUAAUAUAUCUAAAUGGAUUAGAUGUAUUUAUGAAUAUUAUGAAAUGAACAGGGAUGGAAAUUAUUUCUAUGAAGAACCUAAUAUUGAUAGUCAAUUAAAAAAUGGUAUGUUGGAAUUUGUAAAAGCAAACAACACUUUAGUACAAAACAAGCAAAUAAUUCUAUACAGGCUCAUCCACAAGAAUUAUUAUAUAAAUUGUAAACUUACUGAAAUUUUAGUUCAAGAAGAGCCUCAGGGAGAAUUUAUAUUUGGAGUUCUACCAUUUUAUGAUCGAGUACAUGAUAUUCUUGAAAUUAAAAGUUUAUUAGUAUAUUUGAUAGCAGAAAUGCAAUUAUGA